GACAAUUUUCCACAACGGCAGGAAAGAAGGCAACGACGAUGAGCGACAACCAUGCACAACACCACCAACAACAACAACAGCCGCCUGCACCUCAGCAACCGGCUGCAGGCGUUGCUGUGAGCGCCGUGACGUCUGCGGUACCCUCGUCAGCGUCGUCAACGAGAGCAAGUAGGGACGUGCCACAUCCUGGGAAAUCAGCGGGCAGUGAUGGGAAUGGAAAUACCAACAACGGCAGCAGUACCACAACAAAGGGCAAGGGUCGUCAAGACAUUGCGCUCAACGAGUCGCUCACCUCCAUUGACUGGCUUCCGCGCUUGAACGUCGGCAGAGGGAGGGAAGACGGGAAGCCACCCUACUCCUACGCUACCCUCAUCACCUUUGCGCUCAACAGUGUGAAGACUGGCGAGAAGAAGAUGACGCUUGCAGACAUCUACGAGUGGAUUCAGGAGAACUACCCUUACUUUCGCACCGCAGACAAAGGCUGGAAGAACUCUGUCCGACACAACCUGUCCCUCAACAAGAUGUUCAAGAAAGUCCCAAGGGACCCAGCAGAUCACGGCAAGGGAUGCUACUGGGCAAUCAACGAAGAUUAUGACCCAGAGACGGACGGGAGCAAAACAAGCAGGAAGCGCAAGAAGAAGACGAGCAAGUCGUCGGAUACGGGGGAAGAGCCUGCCAAGAAACCGCCAACAGCAUUCAGCCCAACAUCAAGCAUGUCCGGUGUGCUGCAGCAGGCGCAGCUUGCCGAGUUGCUUGGGUCGCAGGGCAUACCGUCAGCAUCGUUCUCUUCUCUUGUGCCGCAGCAGCAAGCGCAACAACAACAGCAGCAGCAGCAAACACAGCAGCCGUUGUCGCAUCAGCAGUUACACGACAACCAGCUCGCGGUUCCCGACAACAUUGAUUUGAAUGCGAGCUUAUCUGCGUUCCAUGACCUCAACUCCUCCUUCUCUCAAAUCUACUCCAGCAUCGUUGACACAGCCCCCGCAACAACACCAACAACAUCAUCAACCGCCGCAUCCAUCAUCACCACGACGACGAUGGCACCAACAGCACCAGCACCAGCAGCGCCCGCCACAUCCACUGCCCCAACAUCGUCUGUGACGGCAACAGCAGCGGCCCCGCCUGUGCUCACGUUUGAAACAGUGCAGGGCGUCAUGUCGAACCUGGAGUCAAAUCCACCACUGCUGCAAACACUUGAUCAGAGCCUCUACAAGAAAACGCAAGACCUGGUGAAGAAUGUUCAGGGUGACAUGAGCUUGAGCGGAAACUGGCUCCUCUCUCCGCACUUUCCCGACUUGGCAGCGUCGUUCAACACGCUCCUCCAAUCGUCCACCAACCCGCUCGCAAGCAUGGACCUCUCUGCGUUGCCCAUGGCGCCGAAGCAACCACAGCCACAGACAACUGACAUUUUCAACGUCGAUGAAGAAGAGGAGUUUGACUGGGACACACUGCCCAUGGCAUGAUGCAAUAGUGCACACAAGCCCGCAGGUGGUGGUGGUGGUUGCGUGCAAUAAUCAGCUGUGUCUUUCAAUACAUCACAUGUGUGUGCGUGUGGCAUUGCGUCGCUUUCUUUGGUUACACUUGACUUGAGUCGGAGCAAUUAUUUCAUCAAUGUGCUUGACAGCAUACAAACGACACGUUAUCCCAAACAAAACAAGGCGCAA